GCGGGAACAAUCUUGACGUGAACUGGAAACUUUUUGAACAUUAUUUGUGACUGAUAUUAUGGCAUUGGCAUGAGUGUAAUUUGAACAAAAUGGAUGUACGCUUCUGGAUUCUGUUUUCUUUUGUUUUGUUUACUGAUGUCACCUCUUCAACGAAGAAGUACUCUUUUCUAAGCGAAGCUCCGGAAACCUUUAUUUUUCAGAGAUCAUUAUUUGAGUCGUCUGCAGUCGACUCAAGAACAAUGAGAAUUCAAAGAAGCGUUUCCAUGACGAUGUCGCAACACUUCGGCGAAACCACCGUAAUGCCCGGAGCUGACAUACACCUCCAGUGCACAGUGAGCGGUCAGCAUCCGGGGAAAUUCAUCUGGGAGAGGGACGGCAUACUCAUCUCUUCAAACACCGAUUCUAGGUACGGCAUAAGUCAAACCCUGUCUCCCAACGGAGGAGUGACGUCACAACUCAACAUAUCACACAUUCGGGUGGACGAUGGAGGUCUGUUCGCAUGCGUCGCCCACCAUGGAGAGAUCCAGUUGGCCCAUCAUGACCGGAUUAAUGUGUAUGGUCCCCCGUAUAUCAGAACGUUGCCCCCAUUCAAGGUUCAAAGCGGCCAGAGUGUCACUCUCAGGUGCCCUUACUACGGAUACCCCGUCAGAGAUAUCACGUGGGAGUACAAAGGCAAAGAAAUCAAACCCGACAUAUCACAGUCGAGUCGGUACCGGCGUUCCGUGCCCUCCAGCAUAGAAAUAUUCGGCAGAAAACCCAAGUUAAGAAUCAAAAGAGAUGCCACUGUAACUAGUGAUGGCGUAUUGAACAUAGCUAAAGUAAAUAAGAACGACAAUGGAGGUAGCUAUGCCUGUGUCGUGAGAAGCCCAUCAGGUGAGAUGGCUAAGAGGUCUUUUGAACUACAAGUGGUGGAAGCACCACAGCUGGAAGAGAUUUUGCUAGCAUCUGACUUGCAAGAAGGACAAAUAGUGCAGAUACAUUGCAAUUUGAAGAGUGGAGAUUCUCCGGUGUACUAUUCUUGGUUGAAGGAUGGGAAGAAAAUACCGAAUCAUCUAAAGAUAGUGGAGAGGAGCCUGGAAGUUUUCAGCGUGUUGAUAAUUAAAAAUGUCUCAUUAGACCACUGCGGCACGUACACUUGCGUGGCUGCAAAUCACGUGGCUAAAGUCAACCGGACAGUCAACCUCUAUAUUAAAGUGGCUCCAAAGUGGAGUGAGGAGCCUCAGAAUACGUCAUCUCUGGGACGGAGCGGACACAUCUCCUGCAGUGCUAACGGCUACCCUCAACCGCAAACUCAUUGGCUUAAGAAAGAUGUUGUUUCCGAGACAUGGCGUCCAGUGCUCGAAGUGGCCGGCGGUGGCGUGUUGAGUUUAUCGAACGGCUCCCUGAUAUUUGACACCGUGGCGCUAUCUGACGCUGGACUGUACACUUGCCAUGUUGAAAACGGAGUGGGGGAGGCGCUUAGCAAGACUAUAUGGAUAUCUGUUAACAAACCCGUCACUUUUGAUACCAUUCUAAGGAAUAUGACAGCCAAGUUGGGGCAGCAAGUCACUAUAGAAUGCCAAGCAAAAGGUGACGAUCCUAUAAGGAUCAUGUGGACUCGGAAUGAGAAGCCAAUCAACCCAUUGACACAAAGGGUAAAAAUAUCCGAAGCAAAAACAGAUGAAGGCAUAACCAGUGUGUUGGAACUUCUGCAGACAGAAACGAGCGACGCCGCCUUAUAUCAGUGUAGGGCUGGGAACCCCUUCGGAGCUGAUGUUUACAGCGUCUACCUCAAUAUUUUGGAACCGCCAUCGCCCCCAACGGACUUGUCUGUAGAUUCUAUAAAAAGCCGAUCAGUGAAACUAUCGUGGCGCGACAUGGCCCGAUCUCUCGCCCAGUAUUAUACAGUGCAGAUCACUAACAGCCAAAGACUGUCAUGGAGUACUGCAAGGGCGAUCAAUGUCUCCAGAACAGAUGAAAUUCGCCAUGUGGUGGAAAUCGAGGACCUUCAGCCAUCGACGGGAUACACGGCGAGAGUAGCUGGGGGAAACCAGGCUGAUUUGAGUCUCUUUUCAACGCCAGUCCGGCUUACUACUACUGAAGAAGCCCCAACUUCCCCUCCGUUAGCAGUUCAGCUGGAACAGACGGAGUCUCCAGGGGAGAUCAGAGUAAGGUGGCUCCCACCGCCAGCCGACGCACAUAAUGGACUUAUUCUUGGUUACCGACUUAGGGCGGUGCCACAAUUGAGUGGAAUUAAAGAAAAUCAAGAGCCAAGUGAUAAGAUCAUCAAAACAGCUUCACUCUACUCGAAACAAGAAAACACAAUAACAGGACUAUUGAAAGGAGUCAGGUAUGCUGUGUCAGUGGCAGCCUUUAAUAGUGCUGGAACUGGGCCAUUCUCAAUUCCUUUAUUUCAAGAUACCAGGGAAGGUGCACCCGAGGAAGGUCCGUCGUCAGUGGAAUGUGGUGGUAUGACGUCAUCAGCCCUCCGAGUGAGCUGGCAGCCUAUUCCACCGCACAAACAGGCUGGAGCACUGAUCGGUUACACAGUGUUAUAUGCAGCACAAGGUCGACAAUGGCACAACGCGACAACUCUAGUCACGGAACUUAGGCUCCAAGGCCUUGCCAAGUUCACCAACUACACGAUCAAAGUAGCUGGCUUCUCAAACUACGGACUCGGCCCGUUCUCUUUCCCAAUUGUUUGUGCCACAUUACAGGAUGUACCUGAAGCACCAGCUGAAAUCAAACUUCUUUCACAAUCGUCCAACGCGUUGCUAGUCAGUUGGAAAAAACCCAAUCAACCCAAUGGAAGAUUACUUCACUACACCGUUUACUGCAAACCAGCAUCAAGCAACGACGGUCCGCAAUCAUACCGCGUAGACACCCAGCCUAAUACGGAUGCUUACGAAAAAACUCAGACCAUGGAGCUUAAAGGGCUCUCAGAAGGAAGACAGUACGACGUUUGGGUUACCGCCAGCACUUCUAUUGGAGAGGGUCCAGAGAGCAGGCGAGUUACCAACACGCCUUCUCAAAGAGUUGUGGCCGGCGUAGCAUCGUUAGGCGGAGAGGUAUCAGUGGCAGUCAGGAAUUCCCUCCUCUUGGAGUGCAAGAGCGUUGGCGCGCCGCCGCCGAGAACAGUUUGGUACCACAACCAAAACAUCAUCACACACCAUCCUAGAUUCACCAGGAAUAGAGAUGAUAGUCUGCUUAUCAAAAGUAUUGAUCAAGCACUCAGCGGGAACUACACGUGCCUAGCCAAAAACCUCUACGGAUCUGACUCCGUGGUCUAUCAAGUCAAAGUUUUGCCUUUGCCUGAUCCUCCAAGCUUGAGAACCAUUCCUUACAAGGACUCUGUUGUAGUCCAAUGGGAUGAGAUAAAAGUAUAUAGCAACGAGUCAUUGGCUUAUGGUAUCACUUACAACCUUACCUGGAGGGAAGGUGAUGGUCCAUGGCAAGAGGCUUGGCCGGUGGCUAGAGAGACCCGAUUACCAGGAAUCCAACAACAUACUCUAAUUGGUCUUAAAUGCGGGACUAAGUAUUCAGUCCGGGUCACUGCCACCGAUUCUGUGGGAACAUCUAUACCGGCUCAAGCUGAUGUUAUGACCUUGGGCGGAGCGCCAGUCCCUCCCAGUUCAACCGAUUGGUUAUGGAGCAAUGCGACCCACAUUUACAUCCAACUUAGUGGUUGGGACGAUGGCGGCUGUGAUGUCACAAAAUGGGACGUGGAGUAUCGGCCUCUGGGCUCCAACUUGUGGCACAGAGCAGAAAAUAAAGCACCUGUCGAUAUGAACAUGGGUUGGAGUUUCUACGAAGGGCUGUACCAAGCCCCUCCUAUUCGGGCAAUGCCGACUUCUUUUGCGGUUGGACCUCUCUCUCCCGCCAAUUGGUAUCAGCUAAGAGUGACCGCAACAAACGAUGCUGGAGUUGCAUCCACCGUUUACACAUUUGCUACAAAAAAUGAUGAUGGAGAAGAAAUUGGGCCACCUUCAGACAUGUUUGAUCUAAACAUGCUGGUCAUUAUAUGCAGCUCCAUUCUCCUCGUCGUAUGUGUAUUUGCAUUUAUUUGCAUCCUCUUCAGAAGAAGGCAAAGCUUCUCGUCCCAAUACCGUCACUCCAUAGCCGAGGACGUGAAAUCCCGGAACGAGAGUAUGACGUCACAGUCAGAGCACAAGGAACGGUAUGCGCACACGCCGCGGAUAUACACGUCGCCCGUUCACAAUAGGAAGACCAGUAAGAAUGAAAUGUUCGAAAUCAGUCCCUACGCCGAGUUUGCCCUGGGUUUCCGAACCUUCGACCACGUGGAGAAUCAAGACUUGCCAAGUCGGCUGCCUGGGCGACCCCGAUUCGAUACAGAGACCAGUUUCCAGGCUCGCUCGGAGUCAGACGACAGUGACAGCACUUCGAAAGCGACCAUGUCAGCGAUUCCGCGAAGACACUGCCGUACACCGCAUCACAGAUAACAACUGAAGCAUUAAAUGAUAAUCAAAAAUGUGUGUUCUUUGUCGAAUAAACAAUCUUUAAAUAAAGAUGCAAAUGUACCUACUUUGUACGAUACAAAUAAUACGUAAUAUUAUAGAACUAUUAAACUGACAUAUCAACAAUAUGCUUACGUACAGAUGCUGUCCUUACCUAACAACUUGUUGGUUGAAUUGUAUAAUUUUACAUAUUACUGAGGAAUUGUGUUGGUACCAAAGUUGGUACGUUGGAUUUUGAUCUAAAGUUUUGGAGGAUAGAUAUUAAUAUAAAUGCAUUCAGCCAAUUUUAAUAUAGCUACAAGUGUAGCUUUUUCUAUAGUUUUCCUGCUUUAUGGAGAAAAGAAUAUACGAACAUACAUCCCGCCGAGCGGGUUUCCGUCACUCAAUGUUUUUAAAAAAAUGUUGACAAAAAUGUUUUUCGUCUGAACUUAUUUGCAAGUUCGUGCAAGAGACAUAAAUAAAAUGCAAGUACAAUCGGCAUCAAAUGUAGCGAAUCAGUUUGUGAUUUUUUUAACAGUAAUUACAUUAAAAAAAUAUCUCUUACCUAUUUCUAUACUAAAGACAAUAACAGCUUGCUUUCGACUACACCGGCCAUGUUUAGAUUCUAGCAUUUUGACAUUUCAUAAAAUUAUCAUAAUUUAAAUGAUUUAGCUUUUCAAUAUCCGAUUGAAUAUUCUAAGGUGAACAAAUACUUUUGGUACCUACGUAUUAAUUAAAUUCGCUACUGUUGACGCUGAAUGUACCCACCCAGAUUUACGACGUGCCAAUACUGUAAAGUCAAGUGAAACGACACUAUAAUGUAAAACUUAAUGUUAGAAGUAAUUUAUAGAGUUGAUCUCAACCAUUAUAUUAUAAAGUAUAUAGACGUUUAUAUUUAAAUUAUCUUUAUUCAAAGACUGAUGUUUCAAUUAGCAUAAGAUAGGUAAAACCAAUUUGUGUCAAUAAAUAGUUGUAUUGUAAAUAUUUAAAUAAUCGAAGUUCUCGACCAUUUCUGAAUUGUUUCAGGUCUUUUGUUACAAGUUUACGUAGUAAACUGGCAGACAUUAACAGUUAUUUGUUUUACAAGGGCGCGAAGUUGUUGUUUAACCGCACGUGUCAAUAUUGAUACCCGAGCAAACGAAAUAUUUCAAUACUAACCCCGCGAGCAGAGCGUAACGAGUGGUUCGUAAUGUGGAAUCUUGAACGUUUCGAGGGUUUCAAGGCACAAAGGUUAAACAAACUUUGCCGCCGAGUCAAAAACAAAAUUUUUCACCACACCAACAAGAACAAAAUAUUAACUGUAAA